GCGCGAAGCACCGCAAAAAGUCCCCAAAAGCUUCCGUCAGCUGCCAUGUUUCAAAGCUCAUGGUGGGCGCGGCUGCAGCAGGUUGCCAGCAUCUACAAGGUGGCAACGCUUCCCCUGGCUCUUGUGGGCACUGGUGUCACGGGCGCACGUUUUUACAACUCCUGGAACCCAGAGGGGUAUGCCCGAUGGUACCUGUGGAGCAUUUCCGCUGGGCGCUUUAAGGAACCGACGUAUGCCAAGCCCUGGGUGGCCAACAAGAGCAUGACACAGAUCGUCCGGCAGGCUUUGAAAGAGCGCAAGAACUUCGAGCUGAUGACGCUGAUCAGCGGACUGCAGACCUCUGGAAAGACCAGUGCGGUGCUGAAGGAAUGCCACGAUCAAGGCAAGGUGGGCUUCUUCAUCGGCCUCGGCGACUACAAGGGCGAGGAGAACGACAAAAAGGAGAUCGAGGAGUUCGUGGUGGGGAGCCUGAUCUCAAACCAGACAGCCACCUUCCACGGCUGGUUUCAGCACAUGAAGUGGUUGUUUUUCCCACAGCCGCAGCCCCAUGCGGUGUGGAAGGGCCUGCGUGGAGCCUUCGAGGCACACCCGCAGCAACUGGUUCUGGUGGUGGAUGAGACGCAGAUUCUCGCGAACGAGGUGAUGCAGCACAGCGGCAUCCUCAACGAGUUUUGUGCCCUUUCUCUGUGGGGCAAUGUGGUCCUGGUCGCCAGCGAGUACGGUGUGGCCCAGUACUUCAAGCUGAUGACGCACGUGGCAAAGCGCACGGACAUGAGGUACUCUCCAGCGCCUACCUCCGAGGAGAUGCAGCCACACGUCAAGGAGCGCUUCGAAGCGGAGUUUGGCGAGGAGGGCGUGGCCCAAAUUGUCCGCUCCUUGGGCGGCUCCUUCGAGCUCUUGCGCCGCUUGGAUGAAAAUCGAGCCCUGGGCAUCGAGGGCGUGAAGAAGUGGCACAAGGAGCAGCUCAAGUACAGUCUGGACCUGACAGAAGGAGGGAUGGAGAAGGAGGAGAAGGCCACCAAGACCGGCAAGGCCAUGUUGGCCGCUGCAAAGAUGGCCUUUGGGCUGCCAGUGGAGGCCUUCGACAAGAACACGCUGGAGCUUGCUCAAGUGGGCGGCGCCAAGAUCGAGACCACGGAUGAUGGGCUCCAGGCCUCAUGGGCCUCGCCGCUCACCGGGGAGGUGAUGAAGGAAUUGGUUUGCGAUGAGGGCGUGGCCACCAUCAUGAAGAAGCGCGUGCCCGCAGAGACUUACAAGGAGUUUGAGCAGGUGAUCAAAGGCAGAUGCCCCACAGUGAAGCAGUAGUUUGGGCAGUCGGCCUGUUCAGGAGAGAGUUUUCUACAUCGUGCGAGUG